AUGUCCUUCCAAAAAACCGCCUGCGACGUCCACCUCAACUCCAAACCCGGCGCCACAUCCCUCGUCGCAAUUUGCAACAACGAUGAAGGAAGCGGCCUGGAAACGGAUCUCCUGUUGGAUGAUUAUCUCGGAAAUGAGGAUGUGUUAAUGCUAGGACACAUUGCCUGGGGCGGUAAGGGCUUCAGCAAGAAUGCGCGCAAUAUGAGUAUUUCCUCGGACGGCCCCGAUCGAGAACCGAUUCUUCAUUGUGAUCUUGUUGGCCAGGACGGGGAGUUUGUGUCUAAUGAGAUUGAUUUGGCGGAUCAUAUUGCGAAUAUUGAUGGAGAGUUGGUUGUUCUACCUAGUGGUUUCGACCAGCUUGUAAAAAGCCAGCCGCUGGUAAUGACGGCAACUGAUUUCAUCCAAAAAAUCCAACCAUUCACAGGCGUUAGAAGCCAUACUCAUCUUAAGUUCAAGGCACAUGACUUCUUGAAAAUGGUGAUGUCAUCUCGUCGCACGACGCUUCUCCGCAGCUUCAGAAUCGCAAUCAACUACAUAUAUCCAAGUUCAUGCCAUAUCCAGUGGUCCACACUCUACACUCCCACUCACACAACCAAAAUGAAUAUCCUCCCAGUCCUACGAGCCCGCCCACUAACAACCAUACCCUUCCGCCAAGUCCUCCCUCUCACCCGACAUAUCCAAACACAAACAACCGACCCAACCACAGACCAAUGGAUCCUCGACCGGCAAGCACUAAAACCCGACCGAGCAGAGACCUGCCAAAGCGGCACAGACGACGAAGUGGGCCACCACAAGUCGCCCUACGACGGGACCAAAACCACCGUCGAAAAUGAGAUCUCUGCGCUGCGGGAGGAGUACCUGUUAGAAGGGGACGCCCAUGAUCCGUUGCUGGUUAGUCCGGCUAAUUUGGAUGUGAGCCUCGUGCUGGACCCGAUGAUUGGGGUUGUGCAUGGGGCGCCGACAUUGAGGAGUAUGAAGGGGUGGUGUAAUAAGCAUAGGCUGGUUUUGCUGAGGACGGAGCCGUAUGAGGUUAGGAAGUAUGAGGAUGUUUUUGUUAGGUUUGUGGGGAAGAAGGUUUGUUCUGCACUACUCUGGAGGUUGGGCGGGUUUUGGUUCAGAGGCUAA